GCUAGCUCCAUACGGCGGCACCUUUGCACAGCCUUGCUUUUCUGAAAUCGGCAUAAAGUCAUCUCUAAGCUCGAAGCUGUCCAUCUACAUGUCUCACAAACAAAAACAUAUCUCGGAUAUUCAGUAUUCCAAAGUCAACUCGAUCAUGUCAACCAUUUUACCAUCCAACUCGCGUGUAGAUAAAGACUACACAAAAUCACUACCGCCAUCAAACAAAUCAUCCCGUGGCAAGACAGAAAUCUCACAUGCGACCUUCAUGGAAUUGGUAUCUAAAGAAGGAUACAACACCAGGAAGAUGGAACAACAGCGCCAAGGACGUUGGGUCAUGGAGAUGAAUCAAAAUCAAUCGGCAAAGUUUCUGGACAGUCUAUCUGGACACAAGAAGAAUUCCAUGCUCAAUCUGACAUAUGAUCAGACUCUCAAUGAUACAAAGGAGAGAGGCGUUAGCAAAAUGAAAGAAAAGAAGAAAAUAAGUGGUAAUCCAAGAAAGUCCGCCGCUUUUGAGAAUUCUUACUCUCAUGUCUCAUCCACUGUUGCACAAUCCUCUCAAGCCAAGUAUGAGGCAGCUCGCAUAGGACCCCAAGUCACUUACCAGUCGAGAACACAGGGAAUGCAUCAUCAAGAGACAAACACGAAAUCAGCUAAUUCUCCUUGGAUUCACAAUGCAGGUGGUACAAAGAGAACAGACAAACAGCAUCAGGAGAAAGACCCUCGCCUUGCUACAGCAGCGAAAACAAAAAAAGAUCGCUAUCAUCUACGAAUCGAUGAUCGAUAUGUGAAAGAGAAACCACAAAAAGAUCAGUUCAACACCAGAAAGAAUCCCGAGCCAGAAAAUUACGGUCUUGAAAGCGGCAGAGAAGACCAACGAUUGUACACCUCAGCCUACAUGCCCACGCCAACACGCAAUGAGAAUCCGGCCACAUUCGAAGAGAUAAGAGACAAUGCGACAAGAGCAAUCGAACAUAGUCAAAUCGCUAGAGCAGAAGCCACAAGAGUCAUCAUGGAGAGUCAAGCGGUCAGAGCUAGAAUCGAAAAAGCUCUUGCACAGAGACUUGCCGAGAUCCCUUAUAAGGAGACUUCUGAGGGGGCCAAACUGUCUGGAGAAAUGAUUACGGAGACUGCAGUUGCUCCUUUGGCUAGCACUCCUUUUGAAGAUGUCCCGGAAACCAUCAAGGACGUCUAUGCCGGCUCCCCCCAGACUUCCAACACUGUCAUCAACACGAUGGAAAACAAUGCGAAGAACAAUGCUAGUGAGACUGCCACCAAGGGAUCCAAGAUCUAUGGAUCUAUGGAUAAUUACAGAAUUGAGUUUAUAACAGAGGAUGAGGAUGAUGCCGAGAAUGCGGAGGAUGAUUGGGUUGAAGUUAUGGGUAACGAUGAGGAUGAGGAUGAGGUUGAAGAAGAUGGUUGGCUCCUCGCAUGAUCAACCAUCAGUUCUCACCAGGAAGUUAGUUGGCGAAGCUUUCAGAUGAUGGUAGUUUGGCCUGAUACAGUACACACAAGUCGCUUGGGAAAUGCCAUGCCAUGCUGUUACGUUACUUCGCAAAUACUUUAGGGAGCUAGGUUUUACAAUAACCAAUUUGUAUAAUCGAUGGAGAUCUA